AACAAGUGGUUCCCUCGGUUCCGAAUAAGGGAUACAAAUUACUAGCCGUGUGCCGUGAAGUCUUUAUCGCUAGGCUGGACUUUUUUUUCCCUGCGAGUCCCGUCGCGUCCAGAGACAGAAGAAGUGGUAAAACGCGUCGCGUGCUUCGGGUUUCUGUUGGUACUGUUUCGGGUACUUUAGGACGGUGUGAAGUAAAAAAACUCAAUAAGGAAGAUACAUUCUUUUGAAGUGCCCCCGCCAGACGUCAUCAGCAGGAAAAGGUUUUAUCAACGGUCGGUGUCAUCUGGCUAAUGGAAUACGCUCCAGGAUGCUCUCGGAUGCUUCUGAAUAGGCGCCACUAGCCGCAACUCACGACAGGACACGCCUCGCCAAAACCAACGCGACAGCCAAAUUCAACCGCAGUUCUGCUGUGGACCGGAGCCUACGUUCUGAAGUUCAACCCACGGGCAGCAGCACAAUGCUACCGAUUUUAAUUGUGUGCUUUCAGCUUAUGGUGGCAGGAAGCAGCACCGUCUGGGCCACUCCGUAUGUGACAUUCGAGCAACGGAACCCAUCCGGAAAAAUAAUGCCGCACUUUGGUGCUUCAAAGCGCCAACAGUCAUCCGUGCCGACAAUUAUUGAACCCGGCAACAAUAUGUUCUCCUUCCGCCAGCAUCAUCGUCCCGUGUCACCCUCGGACUCUCCAUCCCACCAGCCAUCGUCCACGUUUGCCGGGCAGCAGCAGCAGCAAUUAAAUGAGGGCUACUUUGGUCAGCAACAUGAGGUGCCUCAUUUCCUACAGCAUCAACCAAAUGGCAACCAUCCGGCCCAUCUAAGUCAAGACCAGCAUCAGCAUCAUUAUCAGUCACAGCCACAGCAGCACCAGCAGCUAGAUUUUCCCGAGAACUCAGCGUUGGAUCCUAUUGCGGAAUCGCUGGAACAGCAAGUCAUUCCAUUUGCAGAGUACGACCAACCUGGUGAACUCGGUUCGGCUUUACUCGGUCUAUCACCGGUAUCGGCUGAAGUCGAAAACGAAAUCGGUGACAAUCUGCAGCUCUACAACUAUCUAACCGGAGAGGAUGAAGCCGCAAAAAGUAACCACCUUCGGGGCGAUGGACCUUCGCCAAACAUCGGCCGGGUCGCCAAUAAUAAUAAUAAUCCUCAUCACCAUUAUCAUCAUCAUAAUAACAUCGCGAGUUUCGAUCUGAUACGGGAACGGUUGGAGCAAAUCAAGGCAGAGGAGGACAUCGAAAUCAAAUCAAACCUGCUGAUGAAGAUGCUGGAACAACUGCCCGAGGGACCGCUGCCAAUCGUGUAUGUCGAGGAUGCCGCCGGUGACGGAACUGGGUCAGCGGAGGAACUGCUCCCGGAUGAUGAAACCGGCGAUGACGGAGUUAGGAAGAUCGGAAGCAACGAUUCCAGCUUUGAGACCAGACGGAUGCAACAAUUUACAGCCAGCGGUAAUAAACGGUCCGGACGGUACUAUCGGCGAUAUCCGUGGAAGAGACAAAAUGCCAGAAGCCGGACGUACGACGCUGACGCCCGCUAUCUGUGCGUUCCCAGUCGGGACGAUGUCUUCAAACUGCUGGUCGGACUGCACGAGAAUCGCAUCGGCAAUCAUCAGAAAACGAUCAACUUCUGCAAUCGGAAGCGGCCGGCCAAAGCUAUUUUUACCAAUAUUCGAUUUUUGGGAUAAAUCGACGUAGUUUUCCCCUUUCUCUAUGUCCGGUGGUCCCCAAAGUCACUUCCACUAUUUUGCCAAACCAAAGACGUGUGCAAACCACUUUCCUGCUGGAGAAAUGAAAAAAAAAGCAGAACCAGGAUCGCACGACGGCCGGGUCAAAUUAAACAGUUGUACAGAUUUUCCAUUUUAAAUUUUGACACUUUGGAUGUUUUUCUGCGAACAAAUAUACUUAAAAGGGCUCAAGAAUAUCAUACAUACUACACUACAUAAAGUCAAAACAAACAAAAAAAAAACUAGUCAGUUUGCAGCAUGUUGGUAGCUUAUAAAUACUUGUAAAAUAUACGUGAAAUAUAUACAACAAAAGCAAAUCUAAUACAGUGCACUCAAUAAAAAAUAAGAUGUGUUAAAUAAUAACAUAUGAGCAACUGAAGUCAAGCGGUAUUAUUUUGUACUGUUUCAAAAAGCCGGAGGUUAUAUUCAUACAAUAAAAUUAAUUCAUUAUGAAUCGCAAUAAAGC